GGCUGUGGCGGCCAUUUUGGAGCGGAUCGCGGGGCCGGAGGGAGCACGGAGACUCCACCUCCUCCCCCCCUUACCCCCCCACCCCCGCCAUGGCGGCUUCGCUCGAUACCGGCGCCCGCGCGGAGGGAACCGGACAUGAGAAACAGGACACGCAAGAGAAGGAAACGGUCACCCCUGAGAGAGCAGAAGAAGUGAAACUGAAGGCCAAAUACCCCAACCUAGGCCAGAAGCCCGGAGGCUCCGACUUCCUCAUGAAGAGGCUGCAGAAAGGGCAAAAAUACUUUGAUUCUGGUGACUACAACAUGGCCAAGGCAAAGAUGAAGAACAAGCAGUUGCCGAGCGCGGGGCCAGACAAGAACCUGGUGACAGGAGACCACAUACCCACACCGCAGGACCUCCCGCAGAGGAAAUCCUCGCUUGUCACCAGCAAGCUGGCAGGGUAACCUGCAUUCACCAGAUGUUUUUUUUUCCCUUGUUUUCUUUUUCCUUUCGGCUAAACGGAUUGAACUUCACUGUACCAUAGAGAUGGAAGCACCAGAAUUCACAUAGUUAUUUGAGUAUUUACAGCGAACAUGCUCCAAAACCGAGAAGGCAGGCAAGAGGUGUCGGUAGCCUGGGAUGCAGAGGCAGAUUGGCUUGGGCUAUUCCUUUUAGCGAGUCGGCAGCGACCUUAACUUUCAUGCUGUUUGAAACCAUCCUUGCUUGCAGAGCCACUGAAGCGCUGCUGGGAUUGUUGAGAAGCAAGCUUGGAGGAGUCUCUUGGCAGCAGCGAGGAGAGCUCAGGGCUGUGGCAGGUUGCUUUUCAAACGUAGAGGAAGAACUGGCUGAACCAAAUGUGUGAUGUGUGCUCUGGAGGUUUAGUUAGGUGUGUGCGUUAGAGCUUCUAAGCUAAGAAAUUAGCUGGUAUGCAAAAGAUGACGUGGCCGUGCUGCUGGGCUGAGCUGCCUGGGGUCUGUCCCCUGCUCCUACAAAGCAUCGGAGCUCACAGGAGGGAACAACUUGUCCAUUGGCUGCAGGAGAGGGGCCGGGCAGCGUUCGAAAUGCUUUUCAGGGCUUGGAGCUGCAACAAGGAGGUGGCGGGUAGUGGCCCACAGCAGCCCCAUCCCAGCAUAGCUGUGACUGAGGGACCCAGUGUGAUGCUUGCAGGUGCCCCAGAGCGUUUGGGGAUGGUUUCUCUCUCCGAUCAGCUUUGGGCUGCGAGGUGGCUGCUCUCCUGGCUGCCAGGAGGGUGGCAGGAGAGGGUGAGUUGGAUCCCACCAGCAGUGAGACGCUUGGCCAGCAGCAGCGCGUGGCCAGGCAGGCAGAGCCCAGUCUGGACACCUGCAGCCCCUGCCUGAUGCCCCGACUUUGGUUCUUGCAAUGUGAGGACCGACAGCAGCCAAGGAGAUGGAUGUGAGAUGUUGAUCUCUGGAGCGGGAGAGGCAAGACUGGGAAUAACCACCCUGGAAGGGAAAAAAACUCCAGAGACCGACAUUGUGGAGAGUAGGAAGAGAGGAGUGCAGAGGCAAACCGGUGCUGACAGCAUCAGGCACCUCAAGCUUGCUUUUCUUUUUUUUUUUAAAUCCCUUUUUUUCCUUCUUGCCUUUUCUUUGUUCUAAUACUGGAAAAUAAAACAAACCCAAAGCACGCACACGCUGUGCGCUUCUCAGGCAGUGGAGAUGAAACAGCCUCCCAUCCAGUGCAGGGAAGGUCUUGGUGUGCCUAGGCCAGGGCAGCGCUCGUCCUGCCUGGCUGGGAAGGCGUAGGGGCAAAGGAAGCCGAGCAGAUGACAUCAUCAUCUUUUCUUUUUUGUUUUUUUCUUUUUCUUUUUGUUUCGUUUUUUAAGGGAUUCCCAUCAGGUCAGGAAAAGCCAGGGCAGGGAGGUGAUGAGGGAUGCUCUGCAUGGGCACGGCUUUCCAUCCGUGCGUGUUCCUGGCUGGUUGACUCCAGCUUUCCCAAGAACCUAUUCCACUCAUUGUGCUUUCCUGGGAUGAGGAAUGCCGUCUUGCUUCCCAGGAGAGUUGUUUGCCAAGGCUGUUCUGGAAUGCUUGCGCUUGCCUUUGAGUCGUGUAGAGCAAGCCAGCCCCAGCUCUGCUCCUCAGGGUGCUGGGAGCAGCGGUUCCAUCGCCAGCCCUGGCCACAGAGGUUGAUUUUCUCCUUGGGGGAGUGGGCAAGGAGCGUAGCAGGAGUAAAGGCUCUGCAGGCCCCUCGCUUCCGGCUCUGUCGCUUCUCCAGACCUGGUGUGAUGUGGCAGUGGCUGUGCAGCCUCCUCGGAUGUUCUGCUGUCUGUCCCAGCCGUGUUGUAAAUAGAUAUGAAUCAUUAUAUAUAAAAAUAUAUCUAAUUUUUUACA